GAAGUUCACCCCGGUCACCGCGUCCUCUGCCAUCAACUGAACUGCGCAAAUCGCGACCCGACGAAAUCCUCAUCUCUUGCCCUCCGGUGAAUGCUUCACCUGUGAGGUAACUCAGUCAUUAUUCACGAUGGCGACCGGCCGCGACGUGCGCGACAUUUUCGGCCUGCCCGCUGGCAGCGAUGCUACGAAAACAGCAGUCCCGAAACGAGCGAAGCCUGCAGCGCCCGCAAAACCGAGGAUACAAGGCGUCGCACGCGAAGUAGCUGCGCUGUACGGAGAACGACCGCCGCCUGUUGCCGUAUAUGAGGAGAAGAAGGCGUACAGACCGAAACGGAAUACUGGGCCGGCUAAGCAAUGGGUAGAAGAGCGCUUCACCAACCAAGCCCGAAGCGAUGGCCUCGUCCUCAGGCACUGGCGACGCAAAGACGAAUGGGAGAAACUGGUGGCGCAGCAGCAAGAUGGGGAUAUAUCUAUGGACACGAGCUCGCUGGAGGUGCAACCGAUAGUUUCGCGUUCAGACUUUGUGAAAUACAACGUUGAAGUGGAUAUGCCCACCUUCACAGAUGAAGAGUACGAUGCACAUCUCCGGAGCGACGACUGGAGUAGAGAAGAGACGGACUAUCUGCUAAGUCUGGUGAAAGACUAUGCAUAUCGCUGGCCAGUGAUAUGGGAUCGUUAUGAUUUCCAGCCCGGUGGGGCACAAGGACCUCAGGAGAAGGGAGAUUCGAACGCUCUCAGUACUAUGCCAUUCGCGCCUACCAAAGCGCGGACCGUCGAAGAUCUCAAAGCCCGCUUUUACGAUAUCUCCGCUCGGCUCAUGAGAUUGCGCAUCCCGGAGGUGCAGAUGGACGCCGAGCAAUACCAGCUCUACGAGACGUUGCAGAAGUACAACCCGCACUCGGAACGGAAUCGGAAAGAACUAGCAGCCGCACUCAUGAACCGAAGCAUGGACGAAGUCAAAGAAGAAGAGUUCCUCCUCACAGAACUCCAACGCAUCAACAUGGCCGCCAGCCGUCUCGACGCCGAACGCGACGAACUUCGUGCCCGUCUCGAAACCCCCAUACCCAAUCCCGGCAACGCCCCCGGUCUCCAAUCCUUCCACACCUCCGCCGGCCUCCAGCAACUCUUCAACCAACUCGUCGCACAGGAAAAGAACAAGAAGAAAGCCGCGGGCCCACCCGCUCCAGGCGGCAGACUCAACCUGUCAACCACCGAAGCAGCCGGCACACCAACAACAAACGGCCAAGCCGCCCAACAACUCGCCGCCAACCGCCGAACAAGCAUGGCGCAGCCCCCUCCACCGACACCCGUCCGCCAACUAUCCCCUCAAGCGGAAUACCGCUUCAACGUCUCCACGCACGACCGUCUCACUUCUGGCGUCAGUUUCGGCUCCGACAAGCUGCUCAAGAUGCGCCAGGCCAAGUCCAACGUGCAGACGCAGAAGAUUGCCGCUGCGUUGGCGGAGCUGGGUAUCAGUGAGAUUAUCAGUAUCCCGACGAGUAGAGUUGCCGAGGUGUUUGAGCAGCUGGUUAGUAAGGUGGGCAAAUUGCUUGAUGUGAGGAAGGUGCGGGAGAAGGAGGAGGGGGAGUGUAGGGUUCUGGAGGCGAUGAAGGCGCAGAAGGAGGCGAAGGAGAAUGGGAUGCCUGCUGUGGAGGGCAGUGGGAGAGGGAAUGCAGGGUCUGCGGCGGCGGUGAAGAGAGAGGAGGUUGGGGAGACGCCGAGGCCGGAGGAGAUGGAAGUAGAUGGCGAAGGGGAGGAGGAUGCGGAUGGUGAGGCCGACGAGGAUGAGGGUAGGAGUAAGAGGGGGACGAGUGAGGCGGUGAGUACGAGUACGAGGGCGAGGAAAAGGAGUGCGAGUGUGUUGAGCCAGGCGAGUACGAAGAGUACGAAGAGGGCAAGGAAGUAAAGGAUGAAGAUGGAUCCUUUUGCAUAGCGUUGGCGUUGGGGUCAUAUCGGGUUAUCAUCACGUGGACCCAAAGUGGUAUGGGAUUGGAAUCUUUUCUUGGGAGGCAUGAUACCACCUGGGUAUACUGCAUGAGGUCUUCACUACGCAACUAGACGGACACUAAUUGCGAUU